AAAUGUCACUGUCAGUCAGUCAACAAAACAAGAUAUAAAUUUUUGCCGAAAAAUCUAUAAAAAAAAGCGUAAAAUGUUUCGUAUUACGAGAAAAAUUAUUCCUACUUUGAAUAAAACAUUGUUAUCAAGAUCUUCAGUGAAGGAUAAUGGGAAAUUGGUAUUAUUUCAAGUACAAAGACCAUUUUCUGCUAAAGGGGACGAGAAAUUUUCAAUAAAAACAGAGGAUGUCGGCCGCCCAUUGUACUUUGAUGCUCAAGCUACAACGCCUAUGGAUCCUAGAGUACUUGAUGCUAUGCUACCGUAUCUUGUGAGCUAUCAUGGCAAUCCACACUCUAGAACUCAUGCUUACGGCUGGGAAAGUGAAGCUGCUGUUGAGAAAGCCAGAGAACAAGUUGCAGACUUAAUUGGAGCUGAUCCAAAAGAAAUCAUCUUCACGUCUGGUGCCACCGAAUCCAAUAACAUUUCCGUUAAAGGAGUUGCCAGAUUUUAUGCUCCUAGGAAGAAGCAUGUUGUAACCACACAAAUUGAACACAAAUGUGUAUUAGAUUCUUGCCGUGCUUUGGAAGGGGAAGGGUUCAAGAUAACAUACCUACCAGUGGGCACAAAUGGAAUAAUUGAUUUGAAAGAACUGGAAAGUUCUCUAACACCUGAAACUAGCCUCGUUUCCAUCAUGAUGGUCAAUAAUGAAAUUGGUAUAAAACAGCCAGUUGAAGAAAUAGGUGCCAUUUGCAGAAGUAAGAAAGUAUUCUUCCACACUGAUGCAGCUCAAGCAAUGGGCAAAAUACCCAUAAAUGUGAACAAAAUGAAUAUAGAUUUGAUGUCAAUUUCUGGACACAAGGUUUAUGGUCCCAAAGGUGUGGGUGCACUGUACAUUAGACGCAGACCUAGAGUGCGAGUAGAGCCAAUUCAAAGUGGUGGAGGACAAGAAAGAGGCCUGAGGAGUGGUACAGUUCCAACCCCAUUGGUUGUUGGAUUAGGUGCUGCUUGUGAGCUUGCUGGAAAAGAAAUGGCGUAUGACCAUGCAUGGAUGGAGAAGUUGUCUCAAAGGUUCUUGGAUAAAAUAUACUCAAAGCUGACACAUGUGAUCAGGAAUGGAGAUCCUAAUCAUACUUAUCCAGGGUGUAUCAACUUAUCAUUUGCAUAUGUUGAGGGCGAAUCACUAUUGAUGGCGUUGAAGGAUAUCGCACUUUCUAGUGGAUCAGCAUGCACAUCUGCUUCCUUGGAGCCAUCGUAUGUGUUGAGGGCAAUUGGCGCUGACGAAGACUUAGCACACAGUUCAAUAAGAUUUGGUCUUGGUAGAUUUACCACAGUUGCAGAAGUCGAUUAUACAGCAGAAAAAACUAUUAAGCAUGUAGAAAGAUUACGGGAAAUGAGUCCUCUGUGGGAAAUGGUACAGGAAGGCAUUGACAUAAAAAAUAUUCAAUGGUCUCAACACUAAUAAAUUUUCUCAUAGAUUUUAUUAAUCUGACGUAAUUCCAAUUAUAGUUAUAGGCAAAAAUAUUUUUCCUAUCUAUCUCAGUGAAAAAUUUAUUUAAAAGCUGUUUUUUGAAAAUUACUUAUUAUAUUUUUUUCCGGUAUUUAAUUACUUGUGAAUCUUAAAAAAUAUUUGUGAUGUUUGGUUUUAAAUAAAAAUGUAUUUUUAGAGUAGGUAGGGAGAUGUGUCUCAUAAAAAUUGCACAUGUCUAUUUUAUGUAUAUCAUGUAAUUGUUAAGCUCUGAUUGAAAGUGAUAUUAUUUUGUUAAAUAAACACUGUUUUGCGACAAAUA